AUGGUCGUCUCUCGCAAAGCUUUGAAGACUGCAGGACUCGAUAUCUCAUGCAAAUUUUCGAGACCAAUUGAGGAGCAGGCGCCGGUCGCCACUGCCUUCAUCAUGAUGAUGCUUCCUUCCUUCCGACAUGGCAGAUGUUCAGAAGCCACCCAAUCAAUUCCCGCUCUUUGUAAUCCCGCACCAAAGCUCGUCCCCCCCAGCCCAGUGCCGGGCAAAUGUCCCAGUAAACGUCAAGCUCAACACCCGAACAACCGCAACUUCCUCAAUUGCACGUCGCCUCCCGACACCCCGCGAUCCUCGAUCACCCCCCCUUCGACCUGCCGCCUGCCCGGUCAAUUGGAGCCGUCGCACACCCUCCACGUCGAAUCGAGAAUCACACAGUCUCCGACAAUGCCUCCCGCGGCGCAGCUUCCCGUCACAAUGUUCCUCGCAGCGUCGAGGCCGGCCGCGAGAAACUCGUCGGCCGUCCUGGUCAACCGCCUCAUGGCCGCCAACGCCGUCCGCAAUUACGCCACCCCCUCUGGCCCCCCGCCGACGAACUUCCGCCAGAAGAGAUUCGAGACGUGGGACGAGGACAAGGAGUCUACCCUCAACAAGAUGGGCAGAUUUUUCCUGCUGUCCGAGAUGGCAAGGGGAAUGUACGUGCUCAUGGAGCAGUUCUUCCGCCCGCCCUACACCAUUUACUAUCCCUUUGAGAAGGGCCCCAUCUCUCCCCGCUUCCGUGGCGAGCACGCCCUCCGCCGCUACCCGUCCGGCGAGGAGCGCUGCAUCGCCUGCAAGCUCUGCGAAGCCAUCUGCCCCGCCCAGGCCAUCACCAUCGAGGCCGAGGAGCGUGCCGACGGCUCCCGCCGCACCACCCGUUACGACAUCGACAUGACCAAGUGCAUCUACUGCGGCUUCUGCCAGGAAUCGUGCCCCGUCGACGCCAUCGUCGAGUCGCCCAACGCCGAGUACGCCACCGAGACCCGUGAGGAGCUGCUGUACAACAAGGAGAAGUUGUUGUCGAACGGCGACAAGUGGGAGCCCGAGCUGGCCGCCGUCAUCCGUGCCGACGCCCCCUACAGAUAA